UUCAAAAUCCAAUAAUGAUUAUUAUAAUCCAACAGAAUUGAAUUCCUCACCACAUAUACGGAAUCAGAUGCAAUGGAAAAGUCUUGACAAAGCAAAAAGGGAAAAACCCAUUCUCUGUCUCUCUACACGGCUCUCUCUCUUGAGUUCUCUCUUUCAGUUGGACAUGGUGUAUACCAUCACCUGCUAGUAAGAACAGAACGAACAGAAGAGGUGGGUCUUGUUCAUUCAUGGCUAAAAGAAGUGCACAUGAUAUGACAACGAAAGAGGAUUUUCUGGAAGGGGACAAAGAAAAAAAUGCUCAUCCGUACUCAUUUCAUGUGUCUGGUCCAAGAAAUGUUCCUUCUCCCAACUGGCGAGAUAUCAUCAACUCUAAUUGGAAGGAUGGGAAUUACAGAAGAACAGUUGUUGCUUGCUUCAUACAAGCAGUUUAUUUGCUUGAACUAGACAGACAAGAAAACAGGACAUCAGAAAAUGCUCUUGCUCCAAAAUGGUGGAUACCCUUCAAGUACAAGCUGGCCCAAACCCUGAUUGAUGAGAGAGAUGGAUCAGUAUUUGGUGCAAUUCUGGAAUGGGAUCGAUCUGCUGCUUUGUCAGACUUCAUACUCAUUAGACCCAGUGGUGCACCAAGAGCAGUUUUAACACUCAGAGGAACACUUCUCAAAAGCCCAACAAUUAGACGUGACAUAGAGGAUGAUCUCCGGUUUCUAGCUUGGGAAAGCUUAAAGGGUUCUGUCAGAUUUAAUGGAGCUUUGGAGGCGUUGAAGUCAAUUGCCAACAGGUAUGGAAGCAGCAAUGUAUGUGUUGCAGGCCAUUCUCUAGGGGCUGGGUUUGCCCUCCAAGUGGGAAAAGCAUUAGCCAAACAGGGAAUAUUUGUAGAGACUCAUUUGUUUAAUCCACCUUCUGUAUCUUUAGCGAUGAGUAUAAAGAAUAUUGGGGAAAAAGCUGGAUUCGUUUGGAAGAGGUUCAAAUCAAUGCUUCCUUCUUCUAGUGAAACUCAGGCCAGCAAUGAUGAGGUUACAGAAACAGGUGGUUUAGGACUAAAGAAAUGGGUACCUCAUCUAUAUGUGAACAACAGUGACUAUAUUUGUUGCUAUUACACUGAUCCGGCUGGAGCAGGAGAUAACCAUGACAAGGAGAAUUUGUGUCCAUCAAAUGAGCAAGUUGCCGCAAAACUUUUUGUGUUGUCAAAGGGAAAGCAGAAGUUUCUUGAGGCACAUGGAUUGGAGCAGUGGUGGUCUGAUGAUUUGGAACUUCAAAUGGCUCUGCAUAACAGCAAGCUCAUAAGCAAACAGCUGAAAUCCUUAUAUAGCAUCCCACCUCCUCAACAAACUCAAAGCAAGCCUCAAUAAUAAAAGGUAGCCGCUUUCAAUGUUUGGCAAAAAACUCAUUUUCAAUCUGGAAUCUUCUAUACUAUUUUAUUUUUUCCCCAGCUGUUUGAAUGAAUAGUUUGAUUCAUAUGCAAUAAUUGCUUCCCCCUCUUUUGGUUGUUAUCCCGAAAUUUAACUUCUCUAAACUUGCAAAUGUUUAUUGUCUUAUGUGGUUUCUCUAUACAGAUUAAGCUCUUCUUCUAGCUGCGCUCAAUUUACAUUUGAAGUUCAAGUUUUGAAGAUCCCGUUUUAGUUUCAUGAACUAUAUUCUAAUUGGCAUUACUUGCUUUACAACAACUCCAUCACGGUUUCAACUUCUUCGGCCAUCACUGUUUCAACUUAUAGAAACAAAACAGUACAUCACGUACUGUUGACUUCAAAGACGUUGUAGGGAGACAAGCAUGCCUGUUAGGGUUAAAGAGCAUGCGGGUCAGUUAACGACAAUGAUAGAUGCCUGGCAACGAACGAACCAGACACUAGCAAUUGUGUUAGAGAGUACAAAUUUAUCUUCUUUAGUUCAUUUGUCUCUUGAGUUCUUUAUGAAUGCCAAAAU